AUGAGUUUUGGGAAUUUGGCCGAAGCUAAAAGAAUUGUGGGGUAUUAUGCAAUUGCUAAUGGGAAGGGCCUUAAGGUUAAGAAGAGUGAUACUGGUAGAGUUAGAUAUAUAUGUGCUGUUGGUUGUCCCUUUGAGUUAUUGAUAUCUCAGGAUAAUAGAGAUCAAGGAUUUAAAAUCAAAACUUUGAAAACAAAGCAUACUUGUGAACCCGCAUACAAGAAUCCAAGAGCUACUCCCCAAGCUUUAGCACACUAUUUCAAGAACAAAGUCCAAAAUAAUCCUAAAUACAAGAGAAAUUGGAGGUUAGAGGCCUAUGCUCAAGAAUUGAGGGACAGUAACCCUGGUUCUGAUGUGGUGAUAAACAUUUCUAAAGAUGCUUUGGCAGAAGGAAAAAGGAGGUUCCUUAGGAUGUAUAUUUUCUUUCAAGCUUUGAAAAUAGGCUGGAAAGCAGGUUUGAGACCUCUUAUAGGCUUAGAUGGCACAUUUCUAAAAGGGAAAUGUAAGGGAAUUCUACUGGUGGCCAUGGCACAAGAUUCAGUGAAGCAUUUUUAUCCUCUUGCAUGGGUAGUAGUGGAUAAAGAAACUGGUAGAACCUGGAAGUGGUUUAUGGAGUUAUUGAGAAAUUCUUUGGAGCUUGAAGAUGGUGAAAAAGUGACAUUUAUGUCGGAUAUGCAGAAGGGGUUGUUGGAGGUUGUUUCCACUGUCCUUCCAAAAGCAAAUCACAGGUGGUGUGCUAGGCACAUUGAAGCUAAUUGGAGCAAAAAUUGGAGAGGUAUAGAGAUGAAAAAGUUAAUGUGGUGGUGUGCUUGGAGUACCUAUGAAGAAGAAUUCAAAGAUCAAUUGAAGACUUUGGGUGACAUUCAUGAAGAUGCUGCUAGGGAACUAUUACACUAUCCUCCUCAAAACUGGUGUAGGGCUUACUUUGACACCACAUGCAAGAACCAGAUGGUUGACAAUAACUUUACCGAAUCAUUCAACAAAUGAAUUCUUGAAGCAAGAACUAAACCUAUAAUCAAGAUGUUGGAAGACAUUAGAUUAAAGGUAAUGAAUUUGUUGAAGAACCGUGAGGAGGAAUGCAAGAAUUGGAGGGAAGAAAUUAGCCCAUAUGCUAUAGAGCUUUACCAUGAUUACAGAUUGAUUGCAUUAGAGUGUAAAGUUGUUUUUAAUGGAGAUUAUGGAUAUGAAGUGGUUGAGGGUAGAGAUAAGCACACAGUGAACCUAGAAUUGAAGAAGUGUACUUGCAGGGCAUGGAAUUUGAUAGGAAUACCAUGUCCUCAUGCUAUCAAAGCUUUAAUGCACGACAAACAAGAUCCAUUAAAUGAGGUGCAUUGGUGAUAUUCAAAGGAAGCUUAUAUGUUGGCAUACAUGCAUAAGUUACAGCCAGUGAGAUGUGAGAAAUUUUGGAAAGUUGAGCCACAACAUGCAAUGGGGCCACCAGAAAUACAUAAAAUGGUGGGUAGACCAAAGGUAAAGAGAAAAAGGGAAAAAGAUGAAGCUUGGAAAAGGGAGGGGGUCUGGUCAGCUUCAAGAAAAGGACUUGUAAUGACAUGUGGGUUCUGUGGUACAACAGGCCACAACAGAAGAAAAUGACCUUUGGUAAUAGUCUUUUUCACAUAUUUUCUUAUCUAACAAAAAAUUUUAAUUUAUAAACACAAUUAAUUUAACAACUGUUGCAGGCUAAAAAGGACAAGCAUUAGAGUAGUUUGUGUAGAUCAAUUAUUUUUGGUUAAUCCGACUGCUAUGUACUGAUUGAUUCAGACCUUGUUUUUUAUUGUUUAAGUGGUGAAUUAGAGCAGUUGUGUAAUGACUAUUUUGGUUAUUGUACUGUUUUGGUUAAUCUGA